AUGCGGCAGUUCGAGGCCGGUGGCGAGAACGAGGACGUCGUCGCCAAGGCUCAGAGGGAGAUUGAGAGCGCACGCGGCAUCAUGACGGAGAAUAUCGAGAGGGUGCUCGAGAGGCGGGAGAGGAUCGAUUUGCUCGUUGACAAGACUGCCGGAUUGCAGAGUGGGCCUAUGGAAUUUAGGGUUCGGAGUCGCGGCCUGAGGAGGAGAAUGCGGUGGAAGAACGCCAAGGUUUGCCUUUAUCACCAUUUAUUGAACACUUGGGACCCCCCACAAUCCAUUCAAGCCCCUCAAAAAAUACUGCAUCCUCCCGAAAUCAAAAUCUGCAACAUCAUAGCCCGUAUUCUGCGCUUCCUUUAUUCCACUCACUAUUCUGUCACAACUACUGCGAUCCACAGCUGCCCCCCACCAAUGAUACAACCUUCAUCUUUCCAUAUCUAGCUAGAACCACCAAGCCCAAUAGGUUAGGGCUUCUACCUUCCAAGACUUGACCUACUUCUGACGGCUUCCGUUUCUUCCGUCGUUACACCGUCUUCAUAGCCAAUUUCGUCAUUCUGGAGCGAUAACAACACAAAUCCCGGUAAACCUGCAAGAGACGGCAGAAACUCAAACCCAACCUCACCUCAUCACCCCGCCCAUACCCGUACCCCUCGAAGGAAAACAGAAAUAAACAAAAGGAGAAAUGAUCCCCCACCAACCCCCGCCGAUAAACACGGGCGCACAGCUGUGGGCCGGGGGUGCUACAUGCCAUAGCCGGUGUAAGCCCGUCUACUUUUCCCCCUACUAGUUUACGACGGGCGACGGAGAGCAAUUGAGAACCUUGCAAGUUGGGAAUUCCAUGGUGAACGCAACAUAUCGGCUCUUGCUCCUCGCUGGAGGUGCGGAAACUAGUGCGGGGCUUACAAAAGGCGCGUUUCAGCAGCUAGACGUGGUAUCACUGUUAGCGCCGCACACAAAUAUUGCUGUUGGACUACCGAAGGUGGAAGACCUUCCACGGUCGAUUCGGCAUGCCUAUCGGUUCGCUUUCUACGGGAGACUAGGGGUUGGGUUCGUGGAUUUGCCGGCGGAUUAUAUCGGGGGUAUGCCGAAGGAGGUUGUGCAGGUUGAUAGAACCGUCCGAACUCGAACUCGCGAUCUACACUGCACUCCCUUAUCAUGGUCUCCGCUCCGCACAGUCGCUGAGUUCCUUUAACUCUGCUGCACUACUUCCACUCCGCGGGAUCCCUCUGACUCUGCCGCUCCCGAUGCGUACAUCAUAUGCUCCCGGCCACUGCGUUAACCCAAAUCGCAUCUCCAAAACACCCAAACACACGAGCAGCAUCCAUGAUCCCAAUAACCGAGAAGAUCUCCACGAAACCAAUAGCCUUGUCCACCGCCUCAUAACCGAUGUUGGCGCCUUGCCGGCCAGACCAGGAUCAUGGGAAUUGCAGACAUGCGACAGACAAAGCUAA